UUUGAAAGAAGAAAAUCUUCUUUGGUUUGACAUAAACAUACAUAUGUUCUGCAAAAUGCAACCCUUCCUCACGUAAAUUUUGACAUUCGCCGCAAAAAAAAUUUUUUGUUUACUAGUGAUAAUUUAUAUUAAUGCAUUUUUAUAUAAAAUGAGUAAUAUAUAUAUACAAGAACCUCCAACUUCUGGAAAAGUUUUACUGAAAACUACUGUUGGCGACAUUGACAUUGAAUUAUGGUCCAAAGAGUGCCCAAAAGCCUGCCGAAAUUUCAUACAGUUAUGCAUGGAAGGAUAUUAUAAUGGUACUAUUUUUCAUCGUGUUGUUAAAGAUUUUAUUGUACAAGGUGGUGAUCCAAAUGGCGAUGGUACGGGUGGUGAGUCAAUCUAUGGUGAACCGUUCAAAGAUGAAUUUCAUACACGUUUGCGCUAUGCUAGACGUGGGUUAGUUGGUAUGGCCAAUUCUGAUAAAGAUGAUAAUGGUUCACAGUUUUUCUUCACAAUGGCGCCAACACCAGAACUGCAAAAUAAAAAUACGCUUUUCGGCAAAGUAACGGGUGAUACAGUAUUUAAUAUGUUGAAACUAGAAGAUGGUUUAAUUGAUCACAAUGAGCGACCUAUGUAUCCACAAAAAAUUAUACGUACUGAAAUAUUAAGUAAUCCUUUUGAUGAUAUUGUAGCACGUAUUGUUCAGAAAGAUGUUAAAAAAGAUAAAACAAAGAAGCGUGAAAAAGGUGUGAAAAAUUUCGGUUUACUCUCUUUCGGUGAAGAAGCUGAGGAAGAUGAAGAAGAAACCAAUGUUUUUGUACAGAAAAAUGCAGGGAAAGCAAAAUCUAUGCACGACAUCGUUGAUGAUCCAAAGUUAAGUAAACAAGUUAUUAAAAUUGAACAUCUCUCUGAUGUCGAGUUGGAUGGAGAUAACGCAGUGGUUAUUAAAGAAGAAAAGGAAUUACAAGAAGAAUAUAUGCAACGUAUUAAAAACAAAUUAUCUUCUAAAUCGACAAGAACUAUAAAGAGAGAAGAUCAUCCUAAAAUAAAAAUAGAAGAUACCGAUUCAGAAGAUGAUGUACUCUUAACACAUGAAGAGGAAAAGAGAAGAGAAGCUAACAGCAGAAAAGCGGAGAUCCGUCAAAAAAUUCAAGACUUAAAAAAAGAGUAUCAAACGGAAAAAAAACAGAAAGAUGAAAUUUUGACAGCCAAAAUUGAGAAGCAGAAAACUGAAAAACCUGUAAAACUUCCACAAGACAACCAAUACAUUAAAAACUUUAUAGACACCAAGCAAAAAUAUAAAGUAAUGAAGUCAAAUGUUCCCAAAAAGGGAACGAGUAGGGAAGAUUUUACGUUAAGUUUGUUCAAACAAUUUCAAAACAAAUUAGUAAACAAAAGACAUAACCAGCAGGAAGAGGAGGAACAGGCUCCUGACGUAAAAGAUGAUGUGCCAGUAGCAACAGAAAUAGAAGGUAAUGAUUGGUUGGGACACAAGUUAACAUCUGAAGAAGCAGCUAUACCUGUGUUGGCUAAAGAUGCAUCGACAAAGAAUGAUGAUUGGUAUGAUGCAUACGAUCCACGAAAUCCGCUUAAUAAACGUAAAAGAGGCGCAGAUACAGCUGCCAGUAGUAGCUCAACUAAACGUAAUAAGUAAUCCAAAAAAAAAAUUUGUUAUU